GAGUAGGUUAUAACUCACGUGUUCAGUUUAAAAAGUUUAAGUACCUUCUGUGUUUUAUAUCGUAAUAAGAAAUGUAUGAAUGUUUAUGUUUUAUUUAAGUGAUUUUAUAGCAAUUCCUAAAUAGGAUAUUUACGAUACAAUGGGACGAAAAGCCAAAUUUGAUGGAAAAGUGGUUCCAAAAGGUCCUGGAAGAAAAGCAAAGAAACAGAAAGAUCCAACAUUUCCAAAAGGAGUAGUAGUAAAAGAAGAAAAAGCCUUAAGUCAUAGACAAAGGCAACGUGCAAGAAAACGAUUGUUAAAAAAUCAAAAUUUGAAAAAGUCACAGAAGAAAAACGAGGAAACAGAGGAUACAAUAAAUAAAAAUAACAUUAAGGAUAACGUUAAAAAGUUAAAGAAAAAGAAGAAAUCUGAAAAUGUAGUAUCAUUUACAAGUGACAAUGAAAAUGAUGAAAAUGAAGAAAUGCAAUUUGACAAUGAUAGUAACAUAUCUGAAAAUGAAACAGAAAUUAAAAGGUCAAAAAGUAAAAAAAUUAAAUUAAUGGACAGUGAUAUGGAAGAUGAAAGCGAUGCUGCUGAAGAUAAUGAAGAAUACAAUAGCAGUGAUGAAUCAAACGAAGAUGAAGAAAUGGAUUUGGAUGAGGAGGAAGCAGAAAAGAACAGUGAAAGUGAUAAUGAUGAUUUACUUCCGAUAGAGAAAGCAAAUAAGAGACUAAAAAAGAAACAAGAGAAAGAACAAAAAUUAGCAGAGGAAGAAAUGAAUGAUAUGAUGUCACAAGAGUUUAUAUUUCAUUUUCCCACUGAAGAAGAUGCAGAUGUUACCAAUCUUAAAGAUGUACAACAACGUAUAAAAGAUGUUGUUAUGAUAUUGUCUGACCUUAAAAGAUUGCGUGAUAUCAAUAGAUCUCGUUCAGAAUAUAUGGAUCUACUGAAAAAAGAUUUAUGUACCUAUUAUAGCUAUAAUAAUUUCUUAAUGCAGAAGUUGAUGCAAAUAUUUCCGUUAGAUGAAUUGCUAGAGUUUUUGGAAGCAAGUGAAAUUCAAAGACCUAUGACAAUACGAACGAAUACAUUGAAAACACGCCGCCGCGACUUAGCCGAAGCUUUAAUUAACAGAGGAGUCAAUUUAGAUCCUAUAGGAAAAUGGACAAAAGUUGGAUUAGUAGUCUACUCUUCGCAAGUUCCAAUGGGUGCAACACCAGAAUACUUAGCUGGACAUUAUAUUCUACAAGGCGCAUCUAGCUUUUUACCUGUUAUGGCUUUAGAGCCCAAAGAAAAUGAAAGGAUUCUUGAUAUGUGUGCUGCGCCUGGUGGAAAAUCGUCACAUAUAGCAGCACUUAUGAAAAAUACGGGUGUACUUUUUUCAAACGAUGUAAAUGCAGAAAGAAUAAAAGCCGUUGUAGGCAAUUUCCAUAGACUCGGCAUUGUAAAUUCUGUAGUUUGUACUUAUGAUGGACGAAAGUUACCAUCGGUUAUUAAAGGAUUCGAUAGAGUUUUAUUAGAUGCACCGUGUACUGGUACUGGAGUAGUUUCAAAAGAUCCCAGCGUUAAAACGAAUAAGGACGAAGUGGAUAUACAACGCUGUUGUACAUUGCAAAGAGAAUUACUGUUAGCAGCUAUAGAUUGUGCUAAUGCGCGUUCAGAAUCUGGUGGAAUUAUUGUUUAUUCUACGUGUUCAAUUCUUCCAGAAGAAAACGAAUGGGUUAUUGAUUAUGCCCUUAAAAAGCGCGACGUUAAAUUAGUACCUACUGGUUUAGAAUUUGGUACUGAAGGUUUUACAAGUUACAGGCAAUACAGGUUUCAUCCUUCGUUAAAAUUAACAAAACGAUUUUAUCCACAUGUACAUAAUAUGGAUGGAUUUUUUGUAGCAAAAUUAAAAAAAUUUUCUAAUAUUAUCCAUAAAAAGAAAGAUGCGGAAGAAGAUUCGGUCGAUUGAAAUUAUUAAUAUUUUUAUAAUAAUUAUAAUAUUUAAAAAAAAACAUGAUUUAAACAAUUUAAAUAUA